UGGAGUUGGUGACUACGCUCGCUGUGAAUAUCUUUAUUAAAAGUAGAAGUUGGAGCUAUUAUUGUUUAGUAAAUACAGUGUAGGCCUUAGAAACUGCUAAACUUUACUUGCAACGUCGCGCAUAUAUUCUGAACGAUAGUAUAAGGCGAUAUAUAGAUAUAUAUAAUGGCAAGCGUUGACAAGCACUGCUACGGUGCAGUUGAAUCGGCGGGCGUUUCGGACAGUGAAGAUGUCGGCGCUGAAGCCAAGAUCAAGAACUUCCGUGCACAUGCAGGAAGCUAUACAACGGCGCGAGUGGCGUUCGUUUAUAUCGGCCUCUGUCUAGUGAUGAUGGUGACUAUGCUCGACAAGGACAUUGAGGCUGCUGUGCAACCGAAUGUGCUCAGUAAACUAGGAUCUCUCAACGAAGUGGGCACGGUUGCCAUGGUUACGUACAUGGUUGGUGCUGUUAGUCAUCUGAUGUGGGCUAAACUUUCGGAUAUUGCCGGGAGGCGAGAGACGUUCUUCUUCUGCUCACUGACUUAUUGUGGUGGCAACCUUCUGUGUGCCAGUUCUCUAACAUUCCCGCAGUAUCUGCUCGGCAUGUCCAUCGCUUAUGCAGGUGUGAUGGGACUGUGGAUCAUGUGUCAGAUAACCAUCGCUGACUUGGUGCCUCUUCGACAUCGGGGCAAAUGGCAGGGUUACCUAGAGAUUGAUAAGGUCAUCAUGGCCUGGGCAGGGCCAGUCAUCGGUGGCAUAGUGCUGAGCAUCAACUGGCGAUACAUCUAUGUGUUGUUGUGCGUCACGUGCGCAUUCGCGGUCGUGCCCAUCUUCGCCUCUCUACGACUACCUAGACUCAAGCCAGUCCGUUUCGAGCAGGGACAGGGUGUUUUCGGCAAAAUGAAGGCCAUUUUCCGGGCGUUGGAUCUUGCUGGCUUCGCUCUGCUGUGUAUCUUUGCCUCGGGUAUCCUACUGGCCAUGAAGAACGGGGGCAAGAAGUGGGACUGGUAUUCCGCACAGACCUUCUCACUACUGGGCGUCGGCGUGGUCAGCGGUGCGUGCUUGAUCAUGUACGAAUGGCGGGUCUCAUUGGAUCCACUUCUGCCCAGAAUCCUGUUCAACAAGACUGCUACGGGUAGCUUCAUGGUUGUGGUGACGCUCAGGAUGUCUUCGAUGACUCAUGUGACCUACCAGUCGUUGUACUACCAGGUGGUGAUGGAUUACGAUGCCACACAUGCAGGGCUAGCCCACGGUUUCUACUCGACGUCGGCCGUCAUCGCAGCCAUUCUCGUGGGAUACGGAAUCUCCCUCGACGGAAAGUACCUCAAGUGGAUGCGUUUAGGCACGUGCAUCUUCACACUGGGGCAAGGUCUAUCAGCCCUGGUUGACCGUGAUACUUCGUACGCCUUCCUGUCCCUUACGAACGCUUUGCUUGGCUUUGGCGGAGGUAUGAUCACCUGUCCCGCUUUAGUAGCGGUACAGGGGGCGUCGCUGACUCAUCAUGUGGCCACAGCUACCGCCCUAUUCGGGUUUUUCAAGUACUUUGGGAGUGCUCUCGGUAUUGCUGGGUCGUCGGUGCUGUGGAGAAAACUUAUAGAGAACGAGGUACUGUCACACUCAAGCUUGUUCUCUGAACAUAUCGACGUUGAAAAGGUGGUCAAGAACAUACAGUACAUUAAGCACAUGCCACACACUGACCGGGAGUUGGUCGUGGAUAUCUACGAGCAUGCGUGGAGAGUUUCGAUGAUGGUUAGUACGUUGGCUAUGUGCGUGGUAUUGUUUGCGGGUGUGCGCAUGCAAGAGUUAGAGAUGGACACGGAUCUGCAGCACUUCGAUAGGUACCGCACUUUCUCAGAUAGCUCGCGCAGCACGGUGGGAAGUGAGGUGAAUGCGCACGUGUACGCGGAAGACGCGGCAAGUAAUGUGGAAACGAAGCGACUGAUAUCGCACGAGGGCUCGGGAAUUAGACAGGGGAAAUAGGCACGGAAACCUAAGAGCCGACUUAUAGAGCUUGCUUUACGUGAAAUAUGCGAUACGCUUGCUUACGCUCACAACACACACAACUCUGACACUGAGUCAGGGCCUAAAUGGUUCAUAGUGGAGAAUGAAUGCCACAUAUUUCAAUCACAAGCCCAGGUCAGCGCCUCUAUAGUACUAGAGCUUUCUGAGGACAUGGUUUAAGGCGUGGGGAAUACUACUGCACGCGCUUGCACACACUAUUUGUGCAUGUGUACCAUACACACACACCUACACAAGGCUCCAUACGCCACGCACUGGGCGAGCCUAGUCUUGCGUAGACUUCUGACGAAUUGCUUUUGUGUCUCCAUGUAGACACAUUAUGCUCUUCGGAUAAUAUAUAUAUAUAUAUCAUAUAAUAUAUAUAU